AUGGCCCUCACACCCCUCACCUCCUUGCGCGUCUCCCGUCGCCACAUCCCCGGCUGGACCCAGAUCCCCAACUGCAGCAUCCAGCAGCGCCCGCUGCUCAUCUACCACGGCGCCUUUGGCCCCUCGGCCUCGGCCGACGACAUGGAGUCGCACCUCCGUCGCGUCGGCGUCGUGACCCCCCAGUGGCGACACACCAUGUACGACACAACACAUUUCCACAGCACCACGCACGAGGUCCUGUGCAUCAGCCACGGCCGCGCCCGCCUGCGCUUUGGCGGCGACGGCAACACCGGCCGCUUCGAGCCCGUCGUCGCCCGCGGUGAUGUUGUCGUCGUCCCCGCCGGCGUCGGACACCGCCUGCUCGACGACCUCGAUGGUGGCUUCCUCAUGGUCGGCAGCUACCCCCCCGGCCUCGCCUGGGACAUGUGCUAUGGCGCGCCCGGCGAGGAGCCAAGGCUGCAAGGGAUACGCACCCUUCCUUGGUUCGAGAGGGACCCCGUCUACGGCGACGAUGGGCCCGCGCUCGCCGCCGGUGCGCCGCAGGCUGCUUGA